UCACCUCAUCGCGUCAGAGGUGGGCGUCAGACUCGAGUUUAUUGGACGCUUGGGCGAUGAUACUUUCACAAUAAUGAAACUCUUCAACUUUCUAUUGAAAGAUGUCACGCACAAAAUUGAAUAUUACUCGAGGUUCUCGCCCUCACCGAUGUCAAUCAAACAGUUUCUGGAUUUCGGCAGAGAAAAUGCAUGUGAAAAAACAUCUUGCAUGUUCCUGCGUAAAGAACUGGCAGUGAGGCUGGCCAACACCAUGAGGGAAGUGACCUUGUUGCCUGCCAAUCUUCUUAACCAGCCGUCUGUCAAACUGGUCCAGUCCUGGUACAGCCAGAGCUUUGAAGAGCUGUUAGAGUAUGAGACGAGAAGUCCAGAGGAUCCACGCACCCUCAAUGACUUCCUUGAGAUCCUGAUUAAGAUUAGAAACAGGCACAAUGAUGUUGUGCCCACUAUGGCUCAAGGUGUCGUCGAAUACAAAGCAAAGUUUGGUUUUGAUCCUUUUAUCAGCAGCAAUGUGCAGUAUUUCCUGGACCGCUUCUACACCAGCCGCAUUUCAUUUCGCAUGCUCAUCAACCAACACACUCUCUUGUUUGGUGAUGCCGCUUGUCUGGCACAACCAAAACACAUCGGAAGCAUCGACCCAGCGUGCAACGUGGCCGAAGUGGUGAGAGAUGCGUAUGAGACUGCAAAGAUGCUCUGUGAGCAAUACUACAUGAUGGCACCUGAGCUGAACAUCAAAGAAAACAACUCCAAAACUCCACAGAAGCCUAUACAGGUGGUCUAUGUGCCGUCUCAUCUUUUUCACAUGCUGUUUGAACUCUUCAAGAAUUCAAUGCGGGCCACAGUGGAGCUCUAUGAAAACAGCAGUGAAGGGCUUCCUCCAGUAAAGGCACUGGUUACACUGGGAAAAGAGGAUCUUUCAAUAAAGAUUAGUGACCAAGGUGGGGGCGUCCCCUUACGAAAGAUCGACCGUCUCUUCAAUUACAUGUAUUCCACUGCACCGACACCACGACUGGAUCCCACACAAACCACUGUGCCACUGGCUGGUUUCGGCUAUGGCUUGCCGAUCUCUAGAUUGUAUGCCCGCUACUUUCAGGGAGACUUAAAACUGUACUCGGUUGAAGGAGUCGGGACUGAUGCGGUCAUUUAUCUUAAGGCUCUUUCCAGUGAAUCUUUUGAGCGUCUUCCAGUCUUCAAUAAGUCAGUGUGGCGACAUUACCAGACAGGUCCUGAGGCCGAUGACUGGAGCAACCCUAGCAGCGAUCCACGAGAUGCAUCCACAUAUAAAGCCAACAGAUGACUUCAGAUUCUCCCCACGAACCGUUCAUGGGUUGCUUUAAAAUUAUGGCCGCCCAGACAACAUCUUUAAAGAUGUCUGGUGUUUAUAGUGCCUGCUGUUGGUAGCGUUAUGUGCAGAAUAAUAGAGCAGGCACACUUAACUGCGCUUCGGUCUACCCGAGUUCGAGUGCCAGCUUGUGGUCUCUUCCCAGUCUGUCUGCCCUCCCUCCCCUUCUAUCGCGUCCUGUCUCUCUCCACUGUCCUCUCCUCCAAAUAUACAUAAAUAAUAUAUUAUAAAAAAGAAUAGAGCAGACUCUCAGUAUUUACUUCCAAAUGACCGUUCUUAAGCUACUUGCCACAUCAGGUUAUAUUAGCAGGAGGGUCAUUGUAGAUCAUUUGAUUUGGUAAAAAUGUGCAAGAUGAGUCAAUAUUUUUGGUCUGUUUGGGGGUCUGUCUGCUAUAGGUGUAUUUUGUUUAGGAGUACAGGGGCAUGUAGAUGCCAUUAAAGCUAAAACUCAUAGACUAUAGCCUCAGAUCUCUGUAGGGUGCCUUCACACUGAAAUAGAUGUGAUCGCUGAAGAUGCACUGAACUGCACUUUCUGAUCAUUCUGUCAUGAAAUUGUACUCGGCAAAAAAAAAUCAGGGCUGGUUUUCAUUUUCACAUUUUGCUCAAUCUGCUCUAUAUUUCAGUUUUCAUAUCUUAUUCAGAUAUUAAUUUCAGUGCAUAUUCUACUGUAAGAAUGCACAAAGCACUUUUGAUGAAUGGCCGGAUUAGACUUUAGUACAGUGGUGUGAUAGAUUAAUAGUCAGUUCUAACAGAAUGACUCAUGGUAGUUACUUGUUGCUGUAGUAAUAUAGCAGUUUUUUAUGUUUAUGUCUUUAGAUAAAAGCUUCUGUGAAUAAAUGUAAAUGUUAUGUUUGUUAUGCAACUAUGUCAUGCCAUAUUUCCCAAUUUGCUUAUCUGUUAAUUUGUUAUCUAAUCAACGUAACUGCUUAUUAAAGCACUCCCUUAUACAGUACUGAAGUUCAUCCUUCAUUUUAGACAGAACAACAAUUUGAUGCUAAAUAAUAGGGGGGGGUAACAAAGCACUCAGCUCACAAUAUGAUAUUGGGUUCACGAUUACGACUGUAUCACAAUAUUUUGAACA